GCGCUCUAGAACAAAUCAGCCAAUGUUCUGAAUCUGAAUCCGAAUCCGAAUCCGAAUCGAGACGUUACUUUUGUUUACAACUCACGUUUUGUUAUCAUAUCAACGGACGCGACUCUUUCUUUUUAUUUUGUGUUUGCCGAGAGCAAAAGAGCUUUUCACUGCUUUCGUGCGAUAAGAACUCAUAAGAACUCCCCACUUAGAAGCCCGAGUUCCGAACCCUUUCAGAUCUCCCAGCCAGAAUGUCCUCCGGAAAGAUCCUGCCACGUCGCCAGGCGGUCCCAGUCCUCUACACCAGGGGCACCCACUACGAAGUGGGCUUCGAUAUGGGCCGCACAUUUGGCUCGAUGAUCAAGAACUUUCUGAUCUUAUCGAAGCCCCUCAACGAGACCUACUUGCCGCUCUAUCAUUCCCCAAAAGGCAGGCAAAUCUACAAUGAGACCCUGGGAUCGGUGAAGGACAGCUUCCCCCAGUACAUUCGCGAAUUGGAGGGCGUGGCCGAUGGUGCGGAGGUGGAAUUCCAUAAGCUAUUUUUACUGCAUCUGGAUGAGAUUCUGCCGCAGGCUUUGAAGCACCAGCCGCGCAGCAAAAACCAACCCACCGGCUGCUCCACGAUCAUUGUCAACCAGAAGAAUUGCCGUCUCUUGGGCCACACCGAGGACGCCCUCACGGAGACCCUCAACCACUACUACUUCGUGGUGGCCCACAUCAUCAGCGACAAGCCGCAGGGCAAGUACAACGUGAAGGAGGAGCACUUCAUGUCCCUCUGCUACGCCGGCCACCUUCCGGGAUACACGAUGAGCCAGAACCACCACGGCCUGGUCUUCAGCAUCAACACUAUCAGUGCGGAGCUGUUGCGCAGCGGCAAGACCCCUCGACACUUUAUCACCAGAGCUCUGUUGGCCACCAGCAACGUGGACGAUGCCUUCCGGGUGCUCAAGGAUGCGGGCGUGGGAGCAGCGGAUGCCUGCUCCAUCAACUUUACCUUCCUGGCCGAUCCCCGCCAGAUGUGCUACAAUGUGGAGAUGGCUCCUUCGCCGGAGCGCAAGAACGAGUCGCAUUUGAACAUCAAGGAGGUGCCGCUGGGCGAGCAUAAUUACCAUGUUAACCAGUUCGAUCGCAUCCGGCAGGAUCAGGCCAACGAUCUGAUGAUCGACUCGAGUAUCUCGCGAAUGCAGACCUUCGGUAGCUACAAGCCGCCGAUGAGCGAACAGGAUGUGCGCCACAUGCUGGGCGACGUCUCCGGCGGCGUCUACUGCGUUUGGCGGGAGAACAAGAGCUGCGACGAGGUGGUGAAGACCAUUGCCGUGGGCAUCUUCGAUCUCUCAGCCAGGACGAUCUCCCUGUACUCGGACAAUCCCAGCGAGACGGAGCCCCACUGCCGCCUGCCGCUGCUCUUCAAGUAGAUCCUUCGCUA